UGGCAACGCUGAUCAAUCUGUAUCUCUGUGAGAGGAAGUAAACAAACCAGAAACCAAUGUAAAAUAAAUGUGUGCGCAGGAUUUCGCGAAAUGAUAAGGACCUUUGCACCCUCCCGUCCAGCUCUGCAGCCUUGAAGAUAACAGAAUCGAUAUGAUGCACGUGGGGCCGAAGAAUGGGCGUGGAGGCGGCGGCGACCGUUCCGCUUUCAGGCGUCCCGUCCUCAUCGGCGUGUCUGGCGGGACGGCGUCCGGCAAGACGACUGUCUGCUCUCGGAUCAUGGAGCGGCUGGCCGAGGAGACUGCCGAGAAGCAUAUCACUUGCAUUUGCCAGGACAGUUUUUACCGGGAGCUUGGCGAGGCUGACCUGGCGAAAGCCAGAAAGGGCAAUUUUAACUUUGACCAUCCUGAUGCCUUUGACAAUGAACUCAUGCUGAGGACCCUAACUAGUCUGUUGGAGGGGAAGAGCUGUUUUAUACCCGAGUACGAUUAUACCAAGCAUUCAGUGAGUGGGAUGACAUCCAUAAACCCUUCUGACGUGAUCCUGGUGGAAGGCAUUCUAAUCUUCUACUACCCAGAGCUGCGGAAUCUCUUCCAGCUGAAACUCUUCGUGGACACAGACGCAGAUACAAGACUAGCCCGGAGAGUGAUUCGAGACAUUAAAGAGCGCAAAAGGGACUUAGACACAGUCAUUAACCAAUACACGAGAUUUGUGAAACCUGCAUUUGAAGAGUUUUGCCUGCCGACCAUGAAAUACGCGGAUGUGAUCAUUCCGAGGGGUGGCGAAAACACGGUCGCCAUCAACCUGAUUGUCCAGCACGUCUGGAAUAUUUUGCAGGAGCAAGAGGACAAGGGAACAAGGGAGCAAAACUAGUUCACUUAAGUUUGCCUUUUUAAAUAUAUAUUAACAAUUAUUGACACAAUUGCUAGUUAAAAAAGACUGAUCGGUAAGCAGGACCAAAUAGAAAUAAUUAUACAAUGUUUGAUUAUUAUAUUGUAUAUCACACUUUGAAAAUUGAUAAAAAUUUCAAAACUUUACACUGGCAUCAAGUCAUUCUCAAUGUCUUCGUCGAGAAUGUCAUCUGCUAUGUUUCUGCCAGAGGUUUGCGGUCUCACGCCAACUGCUGUUUUGUCUGAAACUAAUAAAUUAACUCAUUUGGUUGAUUAUUGUUAAAUAA